UGCAAUUCUAUCAGACAAAUCCAGUUUCCUAAGACUGAUCCUACAAAAGCACAAACCUAUUGAAGGAAAAGCAAAUUCUGAUCGCUUUUUUUUCUGUCAAACAAAACUCGUUUUCCACUUUUUGUCUCAGUUUUCAAUGAAUUGAGAGUGAGAAUCACAUAAUCAGUUUCAUCAAGUGUUUUGGUUUUGAUAAUCUGAUCAAAAAGCCAUGAGAAAAGAGGACAGCACCCCAUUACUGCAGACCCAAUAUGAAGAUUCUAUGAAUCAUGUCAAAAGAACUGGGACAGUGUGGACUGCAGUGGCACAUAUAGUGACAGGGGUUAUAGGAUCAGGAGUGUUAUCUCUGGCAUGGAGCAUUGCACAACUUGGAUGGAUUGGAGGGCCAUUAACAAUUCUCCUUGUUGCUUCAAUCACUCUUCUUUCUGCUUUUCUUCUUAGCAACACUUACCGUUCUCCAGAUCCUGAAUAUGGCCCUCAGAGGAGUUCCUCUUACCUUGAUGCUGUUAAUUUGCAUAAAGGAGUAGGGAAUUCACGCCUCUGUGCUGUUUUUCUGAAUAUAAGCUUAUAUGGUUUUGGAAUUGCCUACGUCAUUACCUCAGCUAUCAGUAUGAGAGCAAUCCAAGAAUCAAACUGUUACCAAAAAAAUGGGAUUGAAGGAAAAUGUGAAUUUGAUGAAGCACAUUUCAUGCUUAUUUUUGGGGUUGUCCAAAUUAUUCUCUCACAGAUACCCAACUUCCAUGACAUUCAAUGGCUGUCAAUUCUCGCAGCAAUUAUGUCCUUUGCUUAUGCUUUCAUAGGAAUGGGGCUUGCCAUUCUGCAAAUCAUAGAAAAUGGACGUGUUGAGGGUAGCAUUGAAGGAAUCACUACUACCAGUGGAACUGAAAAAUUAUGGCUGGUUGCUCAAGCACUUGGUGAUAUAGCAUUCUCCUAUCCAUUUGCAGUAAUUCUUAUAGAAAUACAGGAUACUUUGAAGUCGCCUCCACCAGAAAGCCAAACCAUGAGGAAGGCCUCAACAAUAUCAGUCCUUAUCACAACAUUUUUCUACCUUUGUUGUGGGUGCUGUGGUUAUGCAGCCUUUGGAAAUGAUACACCUGGAAACCUUUUAACAGGGUUUGCAUCCUAUAGGCCUCAUUGGCUUGUAGACUUUGCAAAUGCUUGUAUAGUGGUUCACCUAGUUGGUGCAUAUCAGGUUUAUAGCCAGCCACUUUUUGCCAAUGUUGAGAAUUGGUUUCGUUUCAAGUUCCCAGACAGUCAUUUUGUGAAUCAUUCAUACCUCUUGAAACUCCCAUUGCUGCCAGCUUUUCCACUAAAUCUUCUCAGGCUCUCUUUCCGAACUGCUUAUGUUGCAUCAACGACUGUGAUUGCAAUGACCUUUCCCUACUUCAAUCAGAUUUUGGGAGUUCUUGCUGGCAUAAUGUUUUGGCCAUUAAGCAUACAUUUUCCGGUGGAAAUGUACUUGAGUCAGUGCAAUAUUGAAGCAUGGACGGUUAAGUGGGUUCUGCUCAGGACUUUUAGCAUUAUUUGCUUUUUGGUGGGAUUGUUCACUCUCAUUGGAUCCAUUGAAGGGGUAGUAACUGCAAAACUAGGCUGAGAAGCUUUAAGACCUCUUGGAAGUUGAAACAGAAGAAUUAGACUAUGGUAGCACUUUUUAAUUUGAAAACCAACAUUAAACAUAGGGUUAUGCCUGGGAGUAGCUUCUUAGUUACCCAAUUUUUAUAGCAAACAUAAAGAAUUAUGCCUGGGACAAUGAUGAAUUUAAGGUUCUCUUGCUCAGGUCUUCAAGAUUGUAGCAGUAAGAUGUGUAAUUGAGUUGAAGAUGCUUACAAUUGCGUUUGUUUCUUGGAAUAAUCUUAAGAACUAGUUAGUUUCAUCUGUAAUACUGAAAAGUAGCUGUUAAGAUUCAAAUUGUUGUCAUGAAAGCACAAAGUUGAGCAGGUCUGUUUUUUGAAGCUGGAACCACACCUUCAGUUCACUCAAGACUUGAGACCUGAGUUAGGUGUCCUCUACCAGAAUAAAUGAACUCCGCUUCCACUUUCAUUGUUUGGGAAAAA